AUGCGUUUCUCCGCCUUCGUCGUUUCCACUCUGGCUGCCAACGCCGCAGCCUGGCGAUUCCCCCACCGCCCUCACAAUGUGUACACCCAGUACUACACCGAGGUUGUCACCGUCGUGGCUCCCACUGCCACCGAGGUCGCUCUCCCCGUCACCAAGGUCUCGACGACCGCUGUGGUCCCGGCCGCAACCACUCUGGUCACCAAGAAGGCUUCGUCGACCAAGACCGUUGUCGCUGUGAAGACCACUGCCGCAGCCCAGUCUACUGCUGCCGCUGCCGCCUCCAGCCUGACGACCGACCAGCAGAACGCCCUUGACGCCCACAACGCUGCCCGAAAGGCCGUCGGAAACGCUGACCUCGUCUGGGACGACGAUCUGGCCGCCGGUGCCCAGGAGUGGGCCGAUCACCUUGUCUCUCUCGGCACGCUGGAGCACUCUGGCACUGCCGACCUUGGUGAGAACCUGUACAUGCAGUCCGGCAACGAUGCGCCCUACCUCAACGCUGUCAACGCCUUCGUCUCCGAGAAGAGCCUCUACAACGGCGAGGCCAUUUCCGCCACCAACUACAUGAGCUUCGGCCACUACACCCAAGUUGUUUGGGGCACCACCACCAAGCUCGGCAUGGCCGUCGCCAGCGGCAGCAGCGGUACCUACGUUGUCGCCCGCUACUCUGGCCCUGGUAACUAG